CCUAAAUUUCUGGGGAAAAAUAAACCCAUCACUUCCCACUUUCCGUUGUCCCCAAAAUCUCCAUUCCCCGCGCUUUCAUUCUCUCUCCACACACACACUCUCUCUCUCUCCUACCGCCGACGUCGGAAACUUUUCUCUCUCCUAUCUCCGGCGUCGGAAACCUAGAAAAACUCCAUUAAUAACUUUCUUCUUUCUCCACCUUCUCAUUUUAUAUGCUAGUAUAUAGUAACAACUCUCAAAUUAAUGGCGAAAAAAUCGAGUCGCAGAAACGAACUUCUCGAUCAAUGGAGAGCUAUUGAAGAAGAACAAGAACAAGAAGAUGAUGAUGACGGUCUUUCAACUUCUUCACGGCUUAAUCGUAUUCAACAAGCUAAAGAGAAUUGGUUUACAGCUGCAUACAAUUUCUUGAUUUGUCAGUCAAGGGAGCAUCAUGUAUGGUGCGGGUUUUGGGAUAUAAUGGGUCCCUUUCUGGAGACAUUUUUUAAUUACUUCAAGGUUGAGAGCGAUGAUUCUCUUUUAAAGAUUUUAUGGGAUAGAAUAUCUCGAGAAAUGAAGAGAUGUACAGAGUGCAUUUCUCGACACCACCAGGCCCAAGAGAUGUACAAAGCUGAAUACGAGUCAAGUUUCAUAUCUCCCCUACUUAAUAUAUUGCAGUAUCUUGACGAAGAAAGAGUCUCGCAACAUUUAAAAGAGGCUAACAUAAGACUUGCAUAUGGAGGAUAUGAUCUUGCUUUUGAUAAUGCUGAGAUCGUGAGUCUAAUGUUUGAGGUCUUAACCUUCCCUGUAUUGUUUGAUGAUGAGUUCAUUGUCAAUGAAUUCCAAAAGUUGAUUGAAGCAGUUGAUGAUGCUCAUGAAUUAGCACUAGCUAAGCAACAACACUUUCCGGGUGUCUACGCGUUACUUUUUUUCAGUAGCAGAAAAACACGAUCUAUUGGCCAUAGAUUAGCUGGUAAUCUGGGAAAAAUGAGGUCUGCAUCAGAGUUGGAACCUCUUCAGCCUUGGCUUAGGAGAUGCAUUGGCUUUCUAACUGGUGAAGAGAAUAAAGAAAUGGAGCCAGUGAAUGAAAUUUCAAGGCCCAGAGCAAAGAUGGAUCAUAUAACUGUAUGGCUGGGACUUAAAGCUCUGCUUGCUUUUUUGGAACCCGCAGCACUAGAAGACGGGAUAUUGGAGCCAUAUCCUGUUUUUCUCAAUUUCGUGCUGGAUCACAUAAGUGAUGAUUCCCCUGAGUUUUCUCAUGCAGUUAAUUGCAUGAGGUUGCUUAUUGAAAUUUUGGGGUGUAAGCUUUGGUUGAGAACUUCAUUGCCUCCAGCUGUGAUGCGUGACUCAUUACUGAGUCAAUGUUUUCAUACCCAAAAUGAGAAAACUCAUAAAGAAAUAUUUGAUCUUUUUCAACCACUUUUGCAGUCUUUGGAAGCUUUGCAUGAUGGGGAAUUCGAAAAGCAACGUAGACACCUUUUAUAUUUUUUAUUGCAUCAAGUAACAAGGAGUAGAAACUUCAGCGCACUAAUGAGGAAAAAGGCUUGUCAGAUUGCUCUUCUUAUCGUCUGUCGUGGUUACAAAAUGGACCCACCUAGUCCACCAUCUGAUUGCGCACACAUGUGGGGGCCAUCUCUUAUUUCUUCUUUGAAAGAUUUGACACUCCAUACUUGUCUGCGACAACCUGCCAUCGAUCUUAUACAAACAAUUAUUGUGUCUGAUGCUACUGCAUUGUUGUCUUCCUUGUUGCACUGCCAGUCUCGAACAGAUGAUUGUAGCAUUUCUUUUGAAUCAAGCGAAGAAACUGAUGAUAUUGAUUCAUGUUCUGUGGUGGCUGAAGAGAAACAUGUUUGUUGUUGGAAUGAGUUUACCUUUCAAAGCAAAAUUGUUUGCCAGGAAUACACUGAAUGGAUGUGUGUUCCUAUGCUGUGGUUUGAUGUUUUGGCUGAAAUGGAAUCUUCUAUUCUACCUUUAUCAGUUGCUAAGGCUGUCCUGUGGGCUUUAUCUCGUUUUCCCAUGGUGGAGCCUGAAAAUAGCUCUGAGCUGUCGCUUCCUGUCAAAACUUGGCUGUCAUCUAGUGCUGCUGAAGUUGCAACCUUUUUGGGUUGGAAGUGCCCUACUGGCUCUGAUGACACUGGUGAUGGGAAGACAUCAAAAAAUUCAGUAAGAGUGUCAACAAUGUGCAUCCCUUUGAUAAGAACUUUUCGGAGGUUAGCUGCAGGCUUUAUGAUUCAAGCGGAGCAAGGAUUGCUUGGCAAGCAGUGGGCUUGGGAGCCACAGAUGGGUGAAAGCCUGAUUCUUUUGCUUUCAGAUCCCAAUGAUAAUGUUAGGCAAGUUGGUAGGCGUAUUUUGGAGUAUGUCUCAGAUACACGGGGACUUGCUUCUGGUUUGCAGUUUCUCUGCUGUUCUGGAUCUUCACUGACUGCAACUCUCUCAGGCUUGAAGCACGCUUUAAAGCUGGUACAGUUGGAUUCUGUUCUUGUUAAUUUCCAGAGUUUGCACCACUUCUUCUUUGUCCUGUGCAAGAUUUUUAAAGAAGGGUUUUCACCUCCAGCUCGUUUAAAGGAAAAAUCCUCUGAUGAGCUUAGUCUUAAGUUUGAAUCCCAAGGUGGGUUCUUGCGGCAGACAACUCUCAAUUCUCUGCAUGUGAAUGAUAGCAAACAGGUCUCCGGAGUUGAGAAAAAUAUGUGGAAGAACUUCAGUUCUGAGCUUGCUGAAGUUACAUGGCCUUCCGUGAAGAAGUGCAUGCAUAAAGGGAAGGAUUUUAUGGAUUAUAGAAUCUCACAGAUGUCUUGUGUUCGUAUGCUUGAGAUCCUGCCUAUUUUGUUUGAAGAACUCGUCAAGUCAUCGGAUGAGAAUAUUGGGCAAUCUUUGGAGAAGAUUAAUGGCUUAUCUGACUUCAGUUGGCUCCAUGAUUUGUUAGAUUGGGGAAAAUCUUCACUGGAAGUGGUGGUCCGGUACUGGAAGCAUUCUAUGAGUUCCUUGCUUACUUUGCUGAAGAGUUCAUGCAAUGAGAGAUCAGCCGGGAUUGUCACAUCCAUAGAAAAGUUGAUCACAUUAGAUGCAGUUCCAAUGGAUUCAUUGACAGAGCAAGUAUCACGUCUCUCUGUUUCAUUAUCAGAUAAAGGUUCACAAAUUGACAGAUCAUAUCUGAAGUCAAAACCACCAUCUGAUGGAUUGGCAGCUGAGAGGAAGAGGUCACCUUUCGCUGUUGAGUCUUCUGUGCAGCAUUUGGACAUUGUUGGUACUAGAAGCAAGAAAGGUAAAGACGCUGUAAUUGUUUUGUCAGAUGAGGAGAUCGAAACUUUAGAAUCUCUUGCUGUAGGUCAAAAUGCUACAAAGGCGAGUGAGGAUGAUGGUUCGGCUCCCUCUGCUGAUAAGCCAGUUUCACAAUCCGACAUUGGAAAGAAGACUUCUGAAUCUGGUAUUGCAGAGAUUUUGUCAGAAGCUUUUGUAAAAGGAGUUUCUCAAAAAGAUGCUGCUCUCACUCCAAUGUUUCAGAAGUCUAUUCCAACAAAACAUGCUUCGACAUCAACAUCUCUUACAAAAAUUAAAGGCAAGGGGAUUCGAGAAAAGGAUGUUAAUGUUAAGAGUAUUCCAAAUGAACGUCGCUCGUUCCUUGAUGAAGCAGCUGCAAGGGCCUCUUCUGUUGAAGCUGCCAAAAGCAAACCUUUGGUAGAUGCCCAGAAAAAGAUAGUUUCUGGUUCAAAGGACACAAUCUUAAAGCAGAUAGUGCGUGGUACUGAAGAUCCGUUAGAGCUUGCAUUGAAGUCUGCUGGACGUACUAAUUCAUCUUUGAAAAAGCAGGGGUCUUCUUUUCCUAGACGGCAAGUCAUUCAACUUGCGGAUCCUGUUGAUAGGAGAUCUGUAUACUUGCGCAAGCUGGAGGCAGCAGCCAGACGAUUCAAGCCUCCAAAGAUGGAUGAAUGGUUUAGGCUAAUAUUGGAGAUGGACUAUUUUGCUUCUGUCGGAUUAGCUACUGCUGAUGAAGAGAGCAAUAAGAAGGCUCCUGGUUUAAAAGAGGUUCCAGUAAGUUUUGAGUCACCUCAGCAGUAUGUGGACAUUUUCCGGCCCUUGAUCUUGGAAGAGUUCAAAGCACAACUGCGUAGUUCUUUUCAAGAGGUGUCAUCAUUAGAAGCAAUGUCUUGUGGCAGUUUAUCUGUGGUUUCAGUUGAAAGAAUUGAUGACUUCCAUCUUGUUCGAUGCGUUCUUGACGAGCGUGGUUCUUCGAUAUCUAGCAGCUGUCUUGAGAAUGACUUGGUUAUACUCACUAAACAACCUUUAAAGAAUUCUCCUCAUAACGUUCAUAUAGUAGGAAAGGUGGAGAGACGUGAGAAAGACAACAAGAAAAGGCUAAACAUGUUCGUUAUAAGAUUUUUUCUUCAAAGUGGACGUUCACGAAUAAAUCGGGCUCGAAAGCAGCUUCUUGAGAGGAGCAAGUGGUAUCUGAGUCGUAUUAUGAGUAUUACGCCUCAACUUCGAGAAUUUCAAGCACUUUCUUCAAUUGAGGUUAUCCCUGCCCUUCCAGUUAUCUUGAGACCUGCGGAUCACUCCCAUGCUUCUAGUCAGUAUACAGAGAUCGACUUAAGCAAGUUGUCGCGACCAAUGCAACAAGUGCUUAAGGCAACCUUCAAUGAGAGUCAGGUUCAAGCAAUUAGUGCAGUUGUAGAAACGCCUGAUUCUAGAAAUGAUUUCAACCUGUCUCUUGUUCAGGGUCCUCCAGGUACUGGGAAGACACGUACUAUUGUGGCUCUUAUUAGUGCACUGCUUGCAGUAUCGUCACAACCAAAUGCUAUGGAAAAACAAUCUGGUGGUGAUCUGAAAGUCAAAUCUACUCCAUUCACUAGUUUUAAAAAAAGCAUAAGUGAGUCUGCUGCUAUUGUCAGGGCAUGGCAGGACGCCGCCUUGGCUAGACAGCUGAAUGAUAAUGCUGAGAAGGAUAUGACAAUGCGAAAGACCUCAGUUAGAAAACGUGUGCUUGUUUGUGCUCAGUCAAAUGCUGCAGUCGAUGAAUUAGUCUCAAGACUAACUGGUGAAGGACUAUAUGGUGCUGAUGGAAACAUGUACAAACCGUACCUUGUACGUGUUGGCAAUGCAAAAACAAUACAUCAAAAUUCAUCACCUUUUUUUAUCGACACACUAGUAGAACAUCGUCUUGCUGAAGAAAAGACGGCCAUGGGAGAUGGAAAGGAUGAGUUGAAUGGAGAAUCUUCGACAAUGUUACGUGAGAAUUUAGAAAAGAUAGUUGACCGUAUUAGAUACUAUGAAUCUAAACGUGCGAAUUUGAAAGAUGAAAGUGCAGAUAAACAUGGUGUUUCUGAGGAUGAACAUCUUGAAGUGGAUAAGGGAAAGAAAUUAUCUAGUUCGGAGCUGGAGGUUAGGUUGCGAAGCCUAUAUAAUCAAAAAAAGGAGAUCUAUAUGAGGCUUGCGGCAAUACAAGCACGGGAGAAGAAGAUUAGUGAGGAAACUAGAGCGUUAAGAAAUAAACUGAGGAGAACAAUAUUAAGGGAAGCUGAAAUAGUGGUAACAACAUUAAGUGGGUGCGGUGGAGAUCUAUAUUCAGCAUGCUUUGAUUCGAUGGCUAAUUGUAAAACUGCUAAUCUGUCUGAGCAUAACCUGUUUGAUGCUGUCGUCAUUGAUGAAGCAGCACAGGCUUUGGAACCAGCCACUCUAAUACCUCUUCAGCUUUUAAAGUCAAGUGGCACAAAAUGCAUCAUGGUUGGUGAUCCAAAACAACUUCCUGCCACAGUCCUUUCUAAUGUUGCCAGCAGAUAUCUGUACGAAUGCAGCAUGUUUGAGCGUCUACAGAGAGCCGGUUAUCCAGUCAUUAUGCUCACGGAACAAUAUCGGAUGCAUCCCGAGAUAAGUCGUUUCCCUUCCUUGCAUUUUUAUGACAGCAAGUUGCUGAAUGGAGUUCUGUCAUCAAGAAAAACAGCACCUUUUCAUAAAACUUCAUGUCUUGGACCUUAUGUCUUCUAUGACAUCAGUGAUGGUCAGGAGUCUUUUGGAAAAAGUCCUGGGUCCUCGUCCCUUUAUAACGAGGGUGAGGCAGAUGCUGCUAUUGAAUUAGUGAGAUUUCUUCAGAAAAGGUAUCCUUCUGAGUUUGUUGGUGAAAGGAUUGGAAUUAUUACGCCGUACAAGAGCCAACUUUCCCUCUUACGUUCAAGAUUUUCCAAUGCAUUUGGAUCUUCUAUAUCUUCUGACAUGGAAUUUAAUACUGUAGAUGGUUUCCAAGGUCGGGAGGUUGACAUUCUCCUCCUUUCAACAGUUAGAUCUUCUGAUACAUAUUCUGUUGUACCGAAAACGAACUCUAGCAGUAUUGGGUUUGUGGCUGAUAUAAGAAGAAUGAAUGUUGCCCUCACGAGGGCAAGGCUUUCUCUGUGGAUUUUGGGUAAUGCGAGGACAUUGCAGAAAAACAGUGAUUGGGCUGCUCUUCUGAAGGAUGCUAAGGAGCGAAAUUUGCUCAUCUCUGUGUGUAGGCCUUACAAGUCCUUAUGUGAGAAGCAACUAGGUAAAUCUUCUAACACUAAAAAUUCAAGUGAUACUUGUGGGCUGCUGAGUGAAGUUCAGAAAACCCAGCAUGUCUCACAAAUGGAAAGUAAUCAUAUGAGGUCUAGAAGGAAAAGUAAGUACAAGGAAAUGAAGCAUGGGUGUCAUGAAUCUUCUGCAAAUAAAGGCUUAGAAACUGCUAAAAGAAAAGUGGAUACUACUGAGAAAUGUAAGAAGCAAGUCGAUCAGCAGCACAUAGAGAAGGAUAUAUAUAUGAGUGGGAAAAAACAAGAGGAAAAGGGUGCAGACCAAUCUGAGCAAAAAAACUGUACCCUCGAUAAAAUCUCAACUCCACUGGGGUCAAGUGAAAAUACUCAUAGGAGUGAGAUGCCAGUGAAAAAAACAAGUGAUGUACGUCAGCUUGAGCGAGAAAAUAAUGGCCUCAAGGAAUCUAAUACACCGGGGUCAAAAAGACUUGAAAACCCUGCACAGCAUCCUAAGAAUCAGGAAGAUAAAGGUCUAGGAUCACAUGUUAAUUGCAAAAUUAAAAACCUGGAUGGCAGAGGGCAGCCUUCUACUGAAAUAGGGAGGCCUAAAGACUUGAUUUCUAAAAGAAAACAACAGCGAGAGGCUGUGGACGCCCUUCUUCCCUCAGCCUUUUUACCUUCUAAGAAAUCUGAAAUGUCAUCCAGAGCAAUGUCCCAGAAAAGGCCUCUAUCUCCAUCAUCUCAAGGUGGUGUCCCCAAACCCACCAAGCAACAAAGAGGUCUACAAGCUCAAACACAGGGGCAUAAGAAAGACAGGAGUAAGGACUCCCUUAGCUCAAGAAAAAGGAACUGAAUCACUGAUAUCAUAUUGCGUGUUUUCUAAUCACCUACUAGAAUGGAGGACUGCCAUCAGUAUGAUUAUAUGAGUUACUUGUGAUUGUUCCCUGUUACAGGCGAAGGAGUUGGGUGCUAUGUAAAGAAUCAUUAUCACUUGGAGCUCGAGUGUCAUCGUUAAUGAAACAAUAUGCUAAUUCGAUAAUUCCUACUGCUGCUUAAGUGAUUGGCUGCAAGCUGUCCUGGUUCCGCCUGUCAAGUAAUGUGAUAAACUACCUCCAUGCAGAACCGAUUACUGAAGGGAAAACCAUCAAUGCAGAAUGUGUAUUCUUCGUAGAGCUGUUUGAGUUGAAGAUAUGCACAUUUGACGCCCUGUCCACAUGUCCUAUCUGAUUGCAGAUCUAAAAAUGAUAUCUGAAUUUUGACGACCCAGAUAAACAACGCAGUAGAAUCUUUUGGCAUCUUGUUCUGGUGUGUAUUUCUUGACAGAUCAAAGCAGUACACGUUGCAAGGUGAUUUCUAAUUGGUUCUAAAUGAUUGCAAAAUAGUUGGCAGAGCAAGUGAAAGGUUGCUUUCUGACGCGCAACAAAAAGAGAUGAUUGAAGGAGGAGAGAGAAUUAUAAUCGUGCUUAGUUGUGAUUGAAAUGGGCCAUGGGAAGUUCUUUUUUUUCUCUUUCAUGAAUUGUUUUUUAGGCAUCUUUACUUGUUUUGGUCAAGUUACUAAUCAUAGGAUUUCCAAGUUAAGUAGCUCAUCUGGCUGGCAAUUACAUGAUUUAUAAUAGUGCUUUGCUUUAGUCCAACCUUUAAAAUAAAGUUUGAAAUCCAUUGACAUGUACCUUUUCGGAAAAUCCAAAAGAUAAGAAAUUGUUUUUCUUUUGGGUUUUAUAAAGCUAAACCAGAAUUCAUACCAAAAUUUUUGUAUAGUUGUCCGUCUUCGUUGGUCUCAACUUCAUUUUGUCGCUGAAAAUUGUAAUUUCCGUGGAAUGGUUAGCUACGAGGAAUCUGUCACCAACUCACCUACAUGGGGUCUUAGAUUAGGUCCUUUUGCUUCUCUUGUAAAAUUAACAAAGAUAAUGCAUUCAUACAAAAACCUGACAUAUAGAUAUUAUGGAUGAAAUUGUUUUUUGUAAUUUCAUUUCCACCUUAGAUUAGGAUCUAGGAAUUCUUCCAUUUUUCAUAAAGGAGUCGAAUAAAACCAAAGUGUACUGUAAGAUUACGGAGGGUUUGAGAUGCUUUUGCAAUUAUAAGAGUUGGAUUGAUUUUUUUUCCAA